GUUGAGCGAAAGUGGAAGCGUAUCAAUGCUGCUUUAUUAUUAAACUAAUACAAUUGCUUUAAAAAUGAUGGAUCAUAAACACAAACAUGCUUACCAGUGCAUGAUGCACGAAGCGGGAUAGUUAACACACUCUUUAGUGAAUGCAUCUUUAUCUAAAAUUGAAAAAGUGUUUAAUUGUUGUUAUAAGAUCUGGGAACAAAACAUAGUUGUGUGAUCUGUAAACAUGUGAAAUAGUUCCUGGUGGAUAUUUUAUAAUGAUGACUUCUUGGCAAGGACGAGGCAACGCGACGACCCUGAUGAAAGGCUUGCUGCACGUGCUGGCAUUGUUUGUGUUGUGCACAUGCGGGGGUUCCGAAGCCUCUACGUGCCCCGCCGUCUGCUUCUGUCCGUCCAUCUCGCGCGUGGUGUACUGCCCCCGGAAGGGACUGCCCUUUAUUCCCGCCGGGAUCCCUCACGAUACAGUUCAACUGAAUCUCAACGAUAACAAGUUCUCCAACCCCGUUUUGAGUUCUGCAAACUUCUCCUCGUAUAGAGAUUUGGAACAGCUUUAUUUGACAGAUUGUGGUAUUGAGUAUAUACAAGUGGAUACUUUUUUGGAUAAUAAGAAACUCAAGUGGUUGGAUUUGGGUAAAAACAAAUUGAAAAGGAUCUCAGAUUUUACUUUUAGAGAUUUGACUCUAGAACAUCUGUUUUUGAAUGAUAAUCCAGGAGUGGAUAUCUCGACAAGGGCUUUCGGUGGAUUAAAAACAACAGGACUGUACAUGCAAAACAAUGGGUUAGAUAAGUUAUCUCUUGAAGUGGUUCGACCCAUGAACGGGACUCUUAAAACUCUCUGGAUUGAUGGGAAUAAAUUCGAGAAGUUUAAUCCACAGUGGCUGUAUUUGUUUAAAACUCUGAGCCACUUAAGGAUCGGAGGUAAUCCACUGCACUGUAACUGUGAGGCUAAGUGGUUGUUUGAGUUCUACUCCUCUACCUCGCAAAUUUUUGAAAAUGUGGAGGCACCGGCGUGCCGCUCCCCGGGACAGCUGCGCGGACAGACGUUCCAGGAGCUACAGGAAGGGGACUUCAAGUGCCAGCUUCCCGUCUUUAAAAACGUUGACGUCAUAUUCGAGGAGAACGUCGGUAAACUAACAUGUUUGGCCAGCGGCGAUCCCGUGCCGACAAUUUACUGGAUGAAACCUGGCGGGGAAGCCGAAGUUUUUAUUCCAAAAUCUGAAGACAUUACCAAAGAGAUGGAGGGUGUAAUGUACGUUCCAAAUCCACGUGCUAUGUCCAAAAAUAGAUAUCAAUGCGUUGCAAACAAUCCUGCAGGCAAUGUGACGUUCUCGAUCAACGUCGCAUGGCCGCCAAUUCCGGAGUAUGGCGUUGACGUCCCUCAAACGGAAGUGGCCAUGAAAGAUAUGUCGGCGGCCGACAAAAAAGACGACGAAGACAGCGAAAAGACCGUCGACGAUGAAAAGUUUGACUUGAAAAAUUCACCAAAGAUAAUCGAGAUAUUCGCUACAAACACUAGUAAGGUCGUAGCUAACGACGUUGACGUCGUGAAAAGUACCAAGAACAUUGAUAAUUUUACGUCAGGUCAUAUUGUUGGUGCCGUUAUUGGCACGUUUGUUUUGACAGUGUUAUUAUGUGUUUUAAUAUUCUACCUUGUGCUAAAAGUAAGAUACCAACGAAAGCACGGUUCCCCCGUGCAUCAUCACCAUAGCAACGGACAUCACGUGCACGGGGAAAUAAAAAGGGGGCCGCCCUCACGACACGAGCUUGAUGAAGUGGAGCAUACCAUGAAAAUGCUUGAGAAACGAAGCUACGACAUUCACGUAUAACACAUAUGUGCUCAUUUUCAUUUUGAUCAUUUGUUUACUGUACGUGAGCAUUCAAUCCAUACUAAUCAUCUUUGGUUCCAAUGAACCACGUAUAUGUACAGUGUGUGAAAACCUUGUUAAUUUUAUAUUUAAGUGAUACCAAAUUGUAAAUUUUAAUCAUUUGAAACACCUGGCAAUUUUAAAAUGAAUUCAGCAAUUUGAGAAUUUUCAAGUGUAUAAAAAACAAAGCUGGAAUUAAGUUUUGUGAAAGUAUCGUCAAAAUUCUUCGGGGUGGUAAUGUUAUAUUGGAAUAGAAAUUAGCUUAUUUUGGAACAAAAUGGUGCAUUGAUCUCGACUUCCAUUGUCACCUAGAUGGAUUCUUUGGAUGGAAUUAAAAUGAAGACGUGCUUUCUCGGACACCUGUGGAUUUAUAUAAAGGUUCCCAAAUACAAUCCGUGUACGAAUUACUAGGCUAUUAUCCAUUUGUCAACAAUAUCUCUUGUUUGUAUUGAAAUAUCCCGUAGUGGAAAGCUUCCCAGAUAGAUUUCACGGUGAUUUUACUUGCUGGGCAGGUUUUGACAGAAAUGUGUUAAAAAUUCACAUUUACGGGACACAAGAUGACAUUAAGAUGCCUCACCUUUUUCAACAGACGACAUUUGCAUGGACUGGGCACGAACUCUAAUUAAGCGAAAGAUAAAUGAGGCGAAAGAAGUUAAAGUGAGGCAAUGGUCUUUACUAUUGACCUCUCCGUCGUCUAAAAGUCACCUCAAUGUGUAUUGUUGACCAGGACCAUAAAACCGAUGGUUUCAUGACAAAAACCAAGAAGUUUUGUUACCUUUGAAGUUGUUAUAAUUACUGCUAUUAUUAGCUCGAUCGGCCAGAUUGAAACGGUGGUGUUAAUUGGAAGAUUUUAACGAUAAUGUUAGGUUGUGUAUACCCUGUAAAUUGUUGAAAUUUGAAAGGCCCUGAACGCAAGGUGUUGUAAAUUCGUUAUUUUGACACCAUCCUUAGAUGGUUGAUAGGGAAAUUACAUUUUUGAUGCAAUCUAUUGAAUAUCUUUGAUUUGUAAUCUAAUAGCGUGAAGUCUCGUUUUCCGAACAAAUUUUAGACAUCGAUAUCGAGUGAUUAAAAAUUUAUAAUUUUAUCAGAGCAUGACAAGACUGGCUGAACUGUAACUCCAGCUAACAAUAUUCUCAAACUACAGCAACAUUUCAUGGUAUAUGAGUGCUGUCUAUAAACGUACAUUCAUUUAUUCCGCGUAAAUUGUUAUUUACGAUUUAUUCUCGUAAUUGCAGGUUUAAUCAUUGAACUGUAAUAAAAGUAUUUGGUUAAUGCCCCAGGACUUCGAACAUAUAAUAUUACCAUAGCAUUUUAUGUAAAUUGUGUUUGAUGUUGAGUGAAAAUGUAAUUGAUAACAUUUAAGAUUAAAAUCUAAUGCGUUGAAAUUAAGAUUUCCCUUCACUAACAAUGUUUCACUUCUUGUAUAAAACGGUAAUACUAGCGUUCAUUGCAAUGGCCUCGUUUUUAACUUGUGUUUUAUUUUCUAUAAAUGUACUGAGACAAAACAUAUAUUUUAUUUCAAAUUACAUCUAUUUUAUUUCAAAUUACUCCAAUUUCCAUUUAAAAUUAGAUGCGUUAUUUCAGAAUAAAUAAUGGGUUUUGUGUUUAGACAGUUGUAACGUUUUCCCCUAAGGUCAGUUCUGAAAUGUAUACUUAGAUGACAAGUACAGAUAAUGCAAAACUUGUAAUUUUGAUGAAGUGGAUUUUUCACAAUCUCAAACGUUUUUCGCUUUAUCUUUCAUCAGUAUUUCUCACAGACGAUAGAAGGAAAGGUGAAAACUAGCGUCACUAAUUGAUACAUCAAACAACCAACACCGUGUCAUCUUUUCCCCCGUUAAUUACAUGUAACAGAAUUAAACCCACGGUUAUUAUAAGUCGUCUAGUCAAUAUGACUCAAGUUAGUAUUGUUUUACAAUAUUUCUCCAUUACCCUCUCAUUCUUCCAUUUAGUUUCAUGAUUUAGUUUCUCAAAGCAUGGUUUAUAUUUGAGAUGUGCUCAAGUAAAAGUAAUGAAAUAUUCUCUUGUAUCAAUUUGCGUAUAUUUUCUUUUUGUUAAUCGAGGAAUAUUUCUGAAUGUUUGGCAGGUGCCCUUUUGAGUAAUUUUGUUUUAACACGUUUGUUUUUAUUGAAUUGUACCACAAAUUAUAGUUUUUAAAGAGACAUAGAAAAUAAUUGUUUGUAUUGGUAAUAAUAGCCUAAGAGGUCGCGCGUUAUUAAGGCUAAAUAUUUCAUUUUUGUUGUUUUACUUAACGAAAUAUUGACAUUAUUUACCGUCACUUAACGCUACUUUUACAUGCAACAUUAUCAUUUCUUAAAACGCAAUAGUAUUAAUUUUAAAGGGCUUAUUCAGACUUAAAUAUUACAAGAAAACACAGUAUUAGAAACGUUUGUUUACGUUUGUCCAAGGUGACUGGAUACAUUCCCGGCCUGUAUACUGAUUAGACGUCUAUAAAUCACUGGGGAUAUCAUCUUAUCCACUAGAUUAUCGCCCUACUGAUAAGCCAGUCGGCUUGGCAUCGUGACGUAAUUCCCCAGACCAUUAGUUGAAUGGCAGGCUGGCGGUGUUUCAUAAACACACCUAACAUUUUUUUACCCGGAAAUAAACAUUAUACUUACCAUACCUUUUUUAAAACAUAAACAUUUGUUCGAUCAUUCAAGAAUACGUCAUUUUAUCUGGAAAUUCGGAGCAAAACUCUCCUGUUUUUCUUCACUUUGUACCAGAUAUUAAUAAUUUUGAUUUGGCGGUUUGGAAAUAGGAAUUUGUUUUGAAAUAAAUAUGUAAGAUUGAAGAAAAUGUUUAUUUUUGAAGUUCGCGUCUUUAUUUGUACGUCUGUCUUUUACGCAAGAAUUUCGAGUAUUACCCAGUAAUGUAAGAACAUUCGUGUCUGUGUAUGUAACGUCCACUCCCCCAUUUAAUCAUCAAUGAAAUAAUCAUAUAUUAUGACAUUUCCAUUUCUUAUGGUGUAUAACAUUUAUACAAUGGUUUUUGUCUUGUGAAUGUGUAAAUAUGUACAUAUAUACCUCUGUAAAAAGGCAAUCUAGUGCAAUGUUAUUUAUCACAGUGUUAUUUUUUGUUGUCUCACAGUGAACUUGAAAUAUUUUAGAUAUUACAACAAAUAUAUUUUAGUAGUGUUUGUUUUCAAUUUCAACAUGUACAUUAUUUCUACAUGUACAUUAUUUCUACAUAUACAUCAUUUUCAUGUCAUGGCACAACCAUAAGUAUAAGUAUGUUACAUUAUAUUCACUUCAUUGUGUGUUUUUCUUCUCUUUGAUUCCAUUGUUAAGACUUAAUUAUGACUCAUGUUUUGUUAGAACGUUUAUAUGCUAUUGUUCUAUGUGAUUUUAAAUGAAAUACACAUUAUAAAUC